AAACAGCUGGAACAGCUGGAAGGGAGCCCCGUGGAGCUUUACUACACGGUGCAGCCCGGGGACGAGAAGGGCGAGUGCACGGCCGAGGAUAUCCGCAAAGGUAACGCCAUCCGGCCCGGGAAGGAUGGCGGGGAUGAAAGCGUGGCUCACCUGCAGAGGAUUGGCUCUGUCAGCCUCUACCGUGGCCAGGAGGCCUCCCAGCUCACGGAGCUGAGGCUGGACAGCAACGUGGUGGUGUGGCUGCCCUCCAAGCCCGUCAAACAAGGGGAGGUGGUGAACGUCUACGUGACCAUCGCCAACAACUCCACGGUGGAUCAGUUCAUCCUCAGGAGCACCAGCCUGUUCCACGAGGUCGUGCAGGUGGACUUUGAGAUCGCCAGUUUCAGCAGCCUGUCGGGCACGCAGCCCAUCAGCUGGCAGGUGGAGUACCCGCGGCGCGGCUCCUCCGACCCCGCCCUGGCCGAGAUCUUCAUCUGCCAGAAGGACCUGGUGGCAAUCGUGCCCCUGGCCAUGGACACAGAGAUCCUGAACACGGCCAUCCUCACGGGCAGGACGGUGGCAGUGCCCAUCAAGGUGGUGUCCAUCGAGGAGAACAGUGCUGUCACUGACAUCUCCGAGGCUGUGGAGUGCAAAUCCUCCGGGGAGGAUGUCAUCAAAGUUUCUGACAGGUGUGACUAUGUUUUUGUCAACGGCAAGGAGAUGAAAGGCAAGGUAAAUGCUCUGGUGAACUUCACCUAUCAGUACCUGAGUGCUCCCCUGCACAUCACGGUGUGGGUGCCACGCCUGCCCCUGCAGAUCGACAUUUCUGACACUGAGCUCAGCCAGAUCAAAGGCUGGAGAGUCCCUGUGGUUUCCAACAAAAGGCCGGCCAGGGACAGCGAUGACGAGGACGAGGACGAGCGCAGGGGCAGGGGCUGCACCCUGCAGUACCAGCACGCCAUGGUCAGGGUGCUCACACAGUUUGUGGCCGAGGACUCGGGGCCCUGGGGACAGCUCACUUACCUGCUGGGCUCCGACUGGCACUUUGACAUCACCGAGCUGGUCAGGGACUUCAUGAAGCUGGAGGAUCCUCACGUAGCCAGGCUGCAGGAGGGCAGGAUCCUCGUCGGCCGGGAAGUGGGGAUGACCACCAUGCAGGUUCUGUCUCCUCUGUCUGACUCCAUCCUGGCAGAGAAGACAGUGACUGUGCUGGAUGACAAAGUGACCAUCACUGACCUUGGGGUGCAGUUGGUGUCUGGGCUCUCUCUGUUCCUGCAGCCCAGUGCAGCCACCAGCAGGGCCAUUGUGGCCACAGCUGUUGCCCAAGAGCUGCUUCACACUCCUAAGCAGGAGGCCGUGGUCAGCACCUGGAUCCAGUUCAGUGACAGCUCUGUCACCCCACUGGACAUUUACGACCCCAAGGACUUCUCUCUGUCGGCCGUGUCGCUGGACGAGCGCGUCGUGUCCGUGCACCAGAGCCCCGCCCUGCGCUGGCCCGUGGUGGUGGCCGAGGGCGAGGGCCAGGGAGCGCUGGUCAAGGUGGACAUGCUGAUCUCGGAGGGCUGCCAGAAAUCCAAGAGGAAGAGCGUGCUGGCCGUGGGGAGCGGCAGCAUCAGGGUGAAGUUCGGGCAGAACGACGCGGACGCGGCGGCGGGCGGCGAUUACGACGGCGACGAGAUCGAGAACCGCGCCAGCGACCGGCGCCACAAGGGCUGGGAGCAGGAGAGGCACCAGCAGCAGGGCAGCUCCACGGCUGACAGGGACGAGGGGCCCCUCAGGAAGGUCAGCACCACCGCCAAGUCCAUCCUCUAUAAAAACAAAGUGGUCAGGAACAACCGGCCGGACGGCGGCAAGCUCUCGGACGACGGCCAGCUGCAGAACAUCCCCAUCGACUUCACCAACUUCCCUGCACAGGUGGAGCUGCCCAAAGGAGGGGCUGGCAUGGAGGACAACGAGCUGGUGCAGACACCCCGAGGCCUGAGCGACCUGGAGAUCGGCAUGUACGCCCUGCUGGGCGUCUUCUGCCUGGCCAUCCUGGUGUUCCUGAUCAACUGUGCAACAUUUGCACUCAAGUACCGCCACAAGCAGGUGCUGGUGGAAGGACAGACCACCAUGACCCACUCCCACGACUGGGUGUGGCUGGGGAACGAGGCAGAACUGCUGGAGAACACGGCAGAGGCGUCGCCCCAGCAGGACGAGCACACCACCAUCAUCGACCGCGGCUCGGAGAGCAGCCAGCUGCUGAACGGCAGCGCCCAGAGGAACGUUCAGAGCCAGGUGCACAGGGCUGCAGACCCCGGGGGGAGGCUGGGCAAGGAGCACAAGGUGGAGCCUUUGCACUCGCCCACGUCCAAGAGGAAGAGGGUGAAGUUCACCACCUUCACCACCAUCCCGCCCGACGACGGCUGCCCCACCGUCAACUCCAUCCUGGGCAGCCACGACGACGACAUCAAGUGGGUGUGCCAGGACAUGGACCUGGGGGACUCCACAGAGACACACAGCUACGUGGGGAAGGUCAAGGACAAAGUGUAGCUCCCCUGCUGGGGCUGUUCUGGGUUUAACCACACCUUGAUGCCUUCAGUUCUACAGUAAAUAUUGGGACGGGCGGAGGGGAGGGCAAGGGGUCGCCAGGAGAAGUGAUAGGAGGCAGAUUUUGUAAUCAGGGAAAGAAAUUUGCCAAACUGUCCACGGUUUGUUUUUUGUUUUUUUCACUUCGUUGUUAUUUUUUUUUUUCUUGU